GCUCGGCUACAAAAGACGACGGCUGCGGCGCUCCAGGCGGAACUUUCCAGAACGCUCGGUGAAAAGGCGGAGGAGCGGAGGCUGCCCGAGCUGCGCACGGCAACGCGCUCCUUCCCGCUCCCCCACACCGGCAUCGGCCCUCUCACCGGCUGUAGGAAAUGGUGAAAGAAACCACUUACUAUGAUGUUUUGGGGGUCAAACCCAAUGCCACCCAAGAAGAAUUGAAAAAGGCUUACAGGAAACUGGCUUUGAAGUACCACCCUGAUAAGAAUCCAAAUGAAGGAGAGAAGUUUAAACAGAUUUCUCAAGCUUACGAAGUGCUCUCUGAUGCAAAGAAAAGGGAAUUAUAUGACAAAGGAGGAGAGCAGGCAAUUAAAGAAGGUGGAGCAGGUGGCGGUUUUGGCUCCCCCAUGGACAUCUUUGAUAUGUUUUUUGGAGGAGGAGGCAGGAUGCAGAGAGAAAGGAGAGGUAAAAAUGUUGUGCAUCAACUCACAGUAACCUUAGAAGAUUUAUAUAAUGGUGCAACAAGAAAGCUAGCUCUGCAAAAGAAUGUGAUUUGUGACAAAUGUGAAGGCCGGGGUGGUAAGAAAGGAGCAGUAGAGUGCUGUCCCAAUUGCCGAGGUACUGGAAUGCAAAUAAGAAUUCAUCAGAUAGGACCUGGAAUGGUUCAGCAAAUUCAGUCUGUCUGCAUGGAGUGCCAGGGCCAUGGGGAGCGGAUCAGUCCUAAAGAUAGAUGUAAAAGCUGCAAUGGAAGAAAGAUAGUUCGAGAGAAGAAAAUUCUAGAAGUUCAUAUUGACAAAGGCAUGAAAGAUGGCCAGAAGAUAACAUUCCAUGGUGAAGGAGACCAAGAACCAGGACUGGAGCCAGGAGAUAUUAUCAUUGUUUUAGAUCAGAAGGACCAUGCUGUUUUUACUCGACGAGGAGAAGACCUUUUCAUGUGUAUGGACAUACAGCUGGUUGAGGCAUUAUGUGGCUUCCAAAAGCCAAUAUCUACUCUUGACAACCGAACCAUAGUCAUCACUUCUCAUCCAGGUCAGAUUGUCAAGCAUGGAGAUAUCAAGUGUGUGCUAAAUGAAGGCAUGCCAAUUUAUCGUAGACCAUAUGAAAAGGGUCGCCUAAUCAUUGAAUUUAAGGUAAACUUUCCUGAGAAUGGCUUUCUCUCCCCGGAUAAACUCUCUUUGCUGGAAAAACUCCUACCUGAGAGGAAGGAAGUAGAAGAGACUGAUGAAAUGGACCAGGUAGAACUAGUGGACUUUGAUCCAAAUCAGGAAAGACGGCGCCAUUACAAUGGAGAAGCAUAUGAGGAUGAUGAACAUCAUCCUCGGGGUGGUGUUCAGUGUCAGACCUCCUAAUGGGGCCAGUGAAUAACACUCACUGCUGGCAUUUUAUUUGCAGUAGUGAUUGAGUGAAGGACUAUAAUCAUAAUAUGCUCACUACUUGCUAUUGUUUGUUUUAAUAUUCAACUAUAGUAGUGUUUUAAAAGUUAAAUGAAGAAUAAACUCGAAUAUAAAAGCUCUGA